AUGGCAAUGCAGCACUCAGCGGGUCCUAGUCACACCGGCCUGACACCAAACCUUCACCCCGUGGUCAGACCUUGCAUUUCUCUGGGGAACAAAUUCUCCUACUCUCAUGCCUUUCUGAUGAUAGUGGGGGUGUGGUGCUAUGCCAUGGUGUUUGCUGUGGGUCCCUUAGCAAAUUGGGGUCACUAUGGCCCUGAACCCUACGGGACAGCAUGCUGCAUAGACUGGUAUGCGCCAGGCCAGGAUGCUCUGUCCAUGUCCUAUAUUAUCUGUCUCUUUGUCUUCUGCUAUGCCCUGCCUCUCGCAAUCAUCCUUCUCUCCUACAUUCUGAUUCUCAUCACUGUAAGAGGGUCACGACAGGCAGUACAGCAACAUGUGUCACCACAGACCAAGACAACAAAUGCACAUAUCCUCAUUGUAAAGCUCUCAGUGGCGGUGUGCAUUGGCUUUCUGACGGCCUGGAGUCCUUAUGCUGUUGUGGCAAUGUGGGCCGCAUUUGUGGAACACAGUAAAGUCCCGCCUAUAGCCUUUGCUUUAGCAGCUAUCUUUGCCAAAUCCUCCACCACCUACAACCCUGUGGUGUACCUGGUAUUCAAGCCUAACUUUCGUAAAUCUCUGAGCAAGGACACUGCUCAUAUUCGCAAACGAAUAUGUUCCAGUCCGUGUAAAGGAAGCCCUGUGCCUGGUGAGAAGGAUCUUCAACGGCAAACAUCUCUACGCUGCAACAAGGAUGCCAGCAACUCUACUCGACUCUCCAAUGGCCUGGUGGACGGCCAUGGGGCUUGUCUUCAUUGCACUGAGUCGGACCCUCAUUGUCAACAGACCCCACCUCAAAGGACUGCCCGUGUGCUGAUUGGUACAUCCUGCAGUGAGGUUACUGUGAGUCAGCUGCCGGAGAACAUGCAGGCUGACCUUCUGUGAAGGCUCUCUAGGCUCUCCUCAUGCCAGGACAAGUGUGAGGAAUAGAUGAAUAGGCAGCCUCAAAAUUAAACUUCGGGCCAGAAGUUUGAUGUGUCAGAGACAAACUGUGGUCACUUCUGAUACUGAUGUCAUGUAUAAGGAGCUGCAAAACAAUUGACCCUGCACCUUAAAAAGGUUACUGACCAAUUCUACCGUAGCAACUGUUGCUGUUCACAAUUUUUAUCAGACUAGCUUUCGUGG